UGAUGGGGGCGGGGCUUCAUCAUCACGCACCAAGAUGGCGGCAGCCACUGUUCUCAGUUUGGACAGUUUACCGUCCGAUCCUUUGCUUUUGAUUCUGUCAUUUCUUGACUUCAGAGAUUUGGUCAGUUGCAGUCUUGUAAGUCGGCGUCUGAAUGAACUGACAGGUCACAACCCUUUAUGGAAGAGGCUUUGCCUGAAGCACUGGCUUCUCACAGAAGCCGAUAAGGGACAGAGAGGGCAGAGCUGGCGGGAAUUGUUCCAAGACUUUUAUGCUGACCUUGGUCGCUAUAUAGAUUACUACAGCACACUAAAAAAAGCUUGGGAUGACCUGAAGUCCUACCUGGGCCAAAAAUGUCCACGAAUGAUUGCCUCUCUUAAAGAGGGCGCAAAAGAGGAAGAGCUGGAUGCUAUUGAAGCCCAAAUAGGCUGCAAGCUCCCCAAUGACUACCGCUGUUCCUACAGGAUACAUAAUGGACAAAAGUUGGUGGUGCCUGGGUUGAUGGGCAGUAUGGCCUUGUCCAAUCACUAUCGCUCAGAGGACCUGUUGGACAUUGAGACAGCAGCGGGGGGAUUUCAGCAGAGGAAGGGCAUGAGGCAGUGCCUCCCUCUCACCUUCUGCUUUCACACUGGACUGAGCCAGUACAUGGCCUUAGAAAGCACAGAGGGACGCACACGCAGCGAGAUCUUCUACCAUUGUCCGGAUCAACUAGCACAAGAUCCAUCUGCUAUUGAUAUGUUCAUCACAGGGUCCAGCUUUACUGAAUGGUUUACCUCAUAUGUUCAAAACGUAGUGACUGGAGAAUACCCCAUCAUCCGGGACCAAAUAUUCAGGUAUGUCCAUGAUAAGAAGUGUGUGGCCACCACUGAUAACAUAACCGUCUCAGUCUCCACCUCUUUCCUACCUGAGCUCAGCUCUGUCCAUCCACCACACUUCUUCUUCACAUACAGAAUCAGGAUUGAGAUGGCGAAGUCAGCACUGCCAGAGAGCGCAUGCCAGUUGGAUAGCCGCUACUGGAAAAUCACCAAUGCAAAUGGGAAUGUGGAGGAGGUCCGAGGUCCUGGUGUCGUGGGGGAGUUCCCAGUGAUGACCCCUGGUAAAGUGCAUGAGUAUGCCAGCUGCACAACAUUCUCCACAACCUCUGAGUACAUGGAAGGCCACUACACCUUUCAUAGGCUCAAAAACAAAGCGGAGGUCUUUGAUGUCUCCAUACCAAGAUUCCACAUGGUGUGCCCACCCUUCCGUGAGUCCAUGGUGCGCUCGAGCUCUGUGAGAGAUGCACCCAUUGCUGUCUUCAACAAUGAUAAUGACUCAGACACAGAUAACUAUGAGGAGGGAGAUCUGCAUGGUAUGAACAUGGCUGAUCCUGGAGGGCGCUGUCCUCGUCACAUCUGACAUAUAUAUUCUCUCUCUCUGUCUAUCACUCACUCAUUCACACACACACAGACACACACACACACACACAAACGCACACACAGCAGUCCAGAGGCAAAAGAGAGCAAUGCUUAGACCAUUGUUUACUAUACAAAGGCUUUCUGUCUGUCCUCCCAUGAACAGUACUCCCCUCUUGUCACACACACACACACACACAGUAAGUUUGUGUUUUUAUUUGCCUUCAGUAUUAGUAUCAUCCAAGAUAGUUACACUGAGCCAAAAAUGACCUUGAUCAGAUCAAAAUUGUAAAAUUACAUUGGAUGUCUAAUAGGAUGUUUAAUAUGUUAACACUCAGUGAAUCAUGUGAUACUAAGGAACAGACACAAUCGGUGAGAGAGAAUAUCUACAAAAAGCACAUUGGUCAAAAGUACCUGACAGUCUAACCAGGCACAUCUCCCCACCACCACCACUAAAAUUUCUGUAUUUGCUUUUCCUUGAUUAGUUCAGUUAUCAUGUUAAUUCAAGUACAUGUAAAUGUGUGUGUAAAAUCUAUUUAAUUUAUCAUUUCCUUUUGAAGGACAUCAUAGAUUAUCAAGUGAAAUCAUUGCUGAAUUAGAGAAAGGAGGGAACAUGUACACUUGCGCACACACACACUCACACACACAAGUGUUUGAACUGGACAAGACUUUUUGUAUAUAGAACUUUUCUGUAUUUGCAUUUAGCCUUGAGAAUUUAUGCAUUGGAACAGAGACUUGUAUUUUUCUUUUCCUUUUGUUUUACACCAUUGGUGAGCCAUCUCUAAAGGAAGACAGCAUUAGUCACUAAUUCACCUUAAUGAUUAUAAGAUUCUGAUUAUUGCUAGCAUUAUAAUUACAAUUUAUUCUGCUUUUUUGUUGUAAAAUUAUGGAGUGCAAUAGGGUUUUCAAGUUAAGUACAUUAUUAUUUGUAAAUGUGUGUUUUUUAUGUUUGGGUAAAUAAACAGAAAACUAUGAACAUUA